AUGCAGGGCCACCGGCGUGAGAAUACCUCCAACUCCAUCUCCCAACUUGACGCGUUUUCACCGAUGAAACCAAUCAAAACCGAGGAAGACGGGGAAGACGAGUCUGUAACUCCGGAGGACACGAAAGAUGCUAUCAAAGGAGAAGAUGCUGAUGAGAAGAUCGGUGGAAACUACAGACAUUUGAAAACAGAGACCGACUCUAAAGAGGAACUCGUGAAGAAGGAAGAAAAAAAAGAAACCAUUGAAUCUAAAGUGGAAUGCAAGAGAAGGCUCCUACCAGAGAGAAAUGCUGCUCUCAAAGUCAAAAAGGAGAUCGAAGGAAACUUCCUUUCUCCAGAGACUGUCUGUCGCCUUUUGGACGGAGUGGAACCUUUCUCGAUCCCAUUUGACGAAGACGACGACGAAGAUUUAGACUUGAACUUCACCGUUUCCCGUCCGCUUCUUCGCGAACUUUUCGGCGGGAACUCCCAAGCGGCUUUUCCUAAUUUCAAGUCGAAGGAGAAACUCACUUCAAACGGGUUUACGGAUCAUCAAUGGAUGUGUAUGACAGGGAAGUAUAAUCCUCAUCUUCCGUCUCUUCCAGGCCAACCUGGCCUGUAUUUCGGAUCUCGUAAUUUGAAUGAUGAUCUCACACCAAACGUAGUGUGGGAUCAGGGGGUUUGUCGAGUUUUUGCUGGGAUCUCAAGUGGCAAUUGGCUCUAUGUUGGGCACUAUGAGGUGGAGUAUGCUGCAAGGUUGACGUCGGAUGAGUGGCAGAACCUAGCAGGCGAGGUUAAAAAGACUUGGAUUGUCGGAGUGAUGAAUAAGAAUUGGGGUCGUGAUAAGCGGAUACGAAUAUUUCUUCGAAACCGUCCUGGAGCUAAUCGCCAAUUUACGUUGAACGAGUACUUGGCUUUACUGGGAGAUACUCACAAUAAAUACUUGGACUCGGUUUCCGAAGCCCAAGUUAUUGAGGCUUUUGAGAGAGGAGAAGAGGCCCUUGUUGUUUGGAAAAUGCGUUGUAUUGGCUAUGAAAAAGCGUUCCAGCGUUUCAUUGCUAAGCCUCCCGGGACCAAGAUUCCGAGCUCAAAGAAGCAGAAAGCGAGUGAACAACCAUCAACCUCGGCCUCUCCUACCAAACGAAUGCGGACACGUUCCAGCGCCAGAUAA